AUGUUAGAUGCUAUAAAUACAACAUUUGCUGAACCUCCGGCUUUUCUUCGUCUUCACCUUUACAAAACUUGCGAAAAACGUCAAGCCCCAGCGCAGACAGUAGAACAAUUUAUCCCUUACUUUUAUGCUACCAAAGCAGCUAAAUAUUCAGAAACAUUAGCUCAAAUGAUAGUCGAUUUUCGACUGAUAUUUGCUAUUGAUUGCCUGACGCUGAUGUGUCAAAAGGGCACAGUACAAACGGUAACAAUUCAAAUAUUUAUUGUCAUUCCAUUUGGAGAGAGCCCGUUUAUAACAUUCUUCGGUUCCACAACGUCAAGCGGUGGUAAUGGUGGUAGUAAUACUAAUUCAACAACAUCACAGAUACCACCGACAUCAACUGUCGGUAAUCAGCCCCAGCAGCUGUCAUCAACCACGAGUAACGGUGGAAAUGUCUCCUCCACUCAAGGUGUUUCGAAUGCACCGUCGUUCACAUCAAAAACAAUGUCAAGAACACAAGGGCAUAGCGGUGGAACAAAGACACCCGAGCGACCUGCUACCCGCAGUUCAAGUGUAACAAUUAGCCAGAUGGCAUCUUUAUUCUCUGUACUCAUUUCAACAAUUAUGUCACCAACUGGUGAAACGACGCAGCGCCAACCAACUGCAUUCUCUUCUGUGAAAACUCCAGCAUUUACAAAAGAACGUCCACAAACUCAGAAAACUGGAAUCAAUACAAAAACCAAUGAAACAACCACGCAAGCGAUCAGCUCAACAACAAGCUCAGCGACAAGCAUACUGGCAAUCUCAGUGGCCGGCCCAAUGACAAGCCCAGUGGCAACAACAAUGAAAAGCUUAGUGCCAACCUCAGUGGGAAGCUCAAUGACAAGCUCAGCUGGAACCUCAGCUGCAACCUCCGCAGCAAGCUCAAGGACAAACUCCGCUGCAACCAUAGUCGCAAGCUCACUGACAAGCUCAGCUGCAACCGCAGUGGCAAGCUCGAUGAAAAGCCCACUGGCAAGUUCAAUUACAAGCUCACUGGCAAGCUCAGCUGAAACCGAAGUUGCAAGCACAAGGACAAUCUCACUGUCAAGCUCCGCCGCAACCGCUGUGGCAAGUUCAAGAACAAGCUCACUGCAAGCUCAGCUGCGACCGUAG